AUGGGAAAAGCGAGAGUUGCCCCCACAAAUGUUGUCACUAUACCAAGAUUAGAGUUAACCGCAGCAGUGGUUUCUGCUGCUGUGAGUUGUAUGUUGAAGGAGGAGCUGGCUACUAAAGUUGACACAGAAUAUUUUUGGACCGAUUCUCAAGUAGUCCUUGGUUACAUCAAUAACGAAGCCCGAAGAUUUCAUGUCUUUGUUGCAAAUCGUGUACAGAGAAUCCGGGAGUCCACCGAUCCGAGACAGUGGUAUUACAUCAAUACAGGAGAAAACCCUGCUGACCAUGCCUCAAGGGGCCUCACAAUAGAAGAGCUUAUUAAUUCAAACUGGUUCACAGGGCCCAGAUUCCUCUGGGAGAAAGAGGUGGUUGCUAAACAAGGUAUGUUAGAGCUGUCGGUGGGUGACCCUGAGGUCAAGGCUGUACAAGUAUUGAAGACCGAGGCCAUAAUUCAAGUGGAUUUUCAAGAGCGACUAGCACGGUUCUCAAGAUGGACUACAGCUGUGAAUGUCAUUGCCCGGAUUCAAAGAUUAGUAAAGAAAGUGAAGAUAUCCGAGCCUUUAAGUGUGGAGGAGAGAAGAAGAGCUUCAUUCACGCUCAUUUGUUUAGCACAACAAGAUGCCUUCAAAGAAGAGAUGUAUGUACUUGGCCAGGAAUCUGGGAAGCUGCCUUGUAACCAUCCUCUGUAUCAGCUUGAUCCAUUUGUGAAAGAUGGAAUAAUGAGGGUGGGAGGACGACUGAGGAGGGCAUCUGCCCCUCUUGAAUUACGGCAUCCAGCAAUCCUUCCAAAGGAUGGCAUCAUCACUCGCCUUAUUCUGGCACACUAUCAUCAAAAAGUUCAUCACCAAGGCAGAGGACAGACUCUGAAUGAAUUGCGAGUCAAUGGCUUCUGGAUUACUGGUGGCAGCAAGAUGGUAGCCCAGUAUAUACGGCAGUGUGUUUCUUGUAGGAGAGCUCGUAGGCCUCCAGAACAACAACGGAUGGCAGAUUUGCCCUGUGACCGUACUGAUCCCUCCCCGCCAUUUGCUUAUUGUGGUAUGGACUGUUUUGGUCCUUUCCACACUAAACAAGGUCGUAAGGAAUGUAAACGUUAUGGUCUUCUGUUUACUUGUCUCUGCUCCAGAGCUGUACACCUUGAGAUGUUGGAAGACAUGACAACUGAUGCAUUCAUUAAUGCCUUACGAUGUUUUAUAUCUAUCCGUGGAGCUGUCAGACAAAUUAGAUCAGACCGAGGAACUAACUUUGUAGGGGCCAAGAGUGAGUUGAAGGAUUCUUUAAAAGAAGUGAGUGAAGAGAGAUUGGCAGCAUAUUUGGCGACUAAGCAGUGUGAUUUUUGUCUGAAUGCACCCAGUUCAAGUCAUGCUGGAGGUAUCUGGGAGCGGCAGAUACGAACCGUUAAAGGUGUAUUGAGUUUUGUUUUGGCACAGGGAGCCGGGAGACUAAAUGAUGCUUCUUUACGUACGUUCCUUUAUGAGACUAUGUCUAUAGUCAAUAACCGUCCAUUGACUGUAGAGGGCCUCAGUGAUCCCAAAGGCUUAGAGCCUCUAACCCCCAACCACCUGCUUACCAUGAAGUCAUCUGUUCCACUCCCUCCACCAGGUACAUUCGUUAAAGAAGAUCUUUAUGCGAAGAAACGUUGGAGGCAGGUGCAGUAUUUAUGUGAACAAUUUUGGAGCAGGUGGAGGACAGAAUAUGUUGCCAACAUUUCCCUCAGGCAAAAAUGGCACACACCAAGACGGAAUGUGCAGGAUGGUGAUAUUGUCAUUGUGAAGGAAGGGGACGUUCCUCGUAAUGAAUGGAGGUUAGCUAGGGUUCUUAAAGUUUGUAAGGACGAUGAUGGAUUGGUGCGGAGGGCUACAAUACAGAUUGGGAAUCGGGGAUUGGGAAAAAGGGGUGAACGCCUCACUAAACCCUCUAUUGUUGAACGUCCUAUUCAAAAGUUAGUCGUGCUUGUACCUAAGAGUUAAAUUGCCUUAUCACUUUAUUAGAAUUCAGGUGUAUUGAUAUCAGGUAGGCAUUGGUAUUUUUGUCACAUGUUGAUUUGUACUGCAUUUAAUAUUAAAACAAUGUGAUAUGGUGAACAAUUUGUUCAUUUUUAACUGAAGAAUGUGUAAUAAUGAAUUGUGGGGAUAGAAUCAUGUUAGUUGUUUUCAUGUAUUGUGUUGAUGCCUGGAAAUUUCCAUUGAUUAUUCAAAUUGUUGCAUUUUGUUUUUUUUGAAUAGAUCAAGGGUAAUUUGGUGGGAGUGUAGCUGACACUGAUAGGUCAUUUAUGGGUUGUGUAUGAGGUAUUUGUAAUAUCAGGGUUUUUGCAUUUUUAAGACUUUACAAUUUAAAUAUUAUUGUGUAUGUGUGUCAAUUGCAUGAAUUCUGAUGUGCUUAUUUUGUGGUACUGCUAAGUUUUAUUAAAUUGAAGGUCAUGUGACCUUCCUGAUUAGAUUUAACCUGGAAGUGCUGCAAAUUGAAUGAUGAGAUUUGAACUUAGAUACACCUGUUAGAGCUCUUCACCAUUCUACUGCUGGUAACCAGGCCAACACGUUUUCACGGUGUUCCAUAUCUAUAAAUAAAACAAAUGGACAUCAGUACUUUGGAAACAUGGACUGUUUAAUGACCAGCGAGUAGUUACAA